AACCCCUGGGCUAUGACUAGGACGGACACGACGCGAGAACAGCCAUUCGAAUCCAGUAUUAGUGCGGUGUAGAAGUGCUUCAACGGUGUUUUUAAUCCGACGCCUGCCUCCUACCCGAGUUUUCCAUUCUUUCGUGGCUUCGACCGAUAUCGGUGUAUAAACAAAAUGCCUUUUAAACCAGUAGAGCACCCCAAGUGUCCCAAAUGCGGCAAAUCUGUAUACGCCGCGGAAGAACGAGUUGCCGGAGGACUCAAAUGGCACAAGAUGUGCUUCAAAUGUGGUCUCUGCGGCAAACUGCUCGACUCGACAAACUGCAGCGAGCACGAGGGCGAGCUUUUUUGCAAAGUAUGCCACGGUCGCAAGUUCGGUCCUAAAGGAUACGGCUUCGGUGGAGGCGCUGGUUGUCUGUCCAUGGAUCAGGGCGAACAUUUGAAGAGUAGCGAGGAGCUCUCGCGAGGAUCGAACGCCGUGUUGGAGCCACGCGCCAUCGCGAAAGCGCCCGAAGGAGAGGGAUGUCCUCGUUGCGGAGGAUACGUCUACGCCGCGGAGCAGAUGCUAGCUCGAGGAAGGCAAUGGCACAAGGAAUGUUUUAAAUGUGCCAACUGCUCCAAGCGAUUAGAUUCCGUCAACUGCUGCGAAGGUCCUGAUAAGGACAUUUAUUGCAAAGUAUGCUACGGAAAGAGAUUCGGACCGAAGGGUUAUGGCUACGGUCAGGGUGGUGGCGCCCUACAAAGCGACUGCUACGCCAAUGGCGAUGCUGCGCCUCGUACCACCGUGGUCGACACCGCCGUGAUCAAGGCACCGCCUGGCAAGGGUUGUCCGCGUUGCGGAGGCGUUGUCUUUGCAGCUGAACAGGUGCUCGCCAAGGGUCGCGAAUGGCACAGGAAGUGCUACAAGUGUCACGACUGCACCAAAACUCUGGACUCCAUCAUCGCCUGCGACGGGCCCGACAAAGACGUCUAUUGCAAGACCUGCUAUGGAAAGAAAUGGGGACCGCACGGAUACGGAUUCGCAUGCGGAUCAGGAUUCUUACAGACCGACGGUCUAACGGAGGAAGAAAUUUCGGCCAGUCGGCCAUUUUACAAUCCCGACACGACCUCCAUCAAGGCGCCAGCCGGACAGGGUUGCCCUCGUUGCGGUGGCAUGGUGUUCGCUGCUGAACAACAACUCGCCAAAGGCACCAUGUGGCACAAGAAGUGCUUCAACUGUGCCGAGUGCCACCGACCACUAGACUCGAUGCUAGCCUGCGACGGACCCGACAAGGAAAUCCACUGCCGAUCGUGCUAUAGCAAACUCUUCGGACCCAAAGGAUUCGGAUUCGGACACACACCGACUCUCGUCUCAACGAACGGAGAUCAGGCUCCCUCGUACAUCGACUCGAAGCCCCAGGUCGGUCAGAAACGGAACGACGGACACGGGUGUGCGCGUUGCGGAUAUCCGGUGUACGCGGCGGAGCAGAUGAUUUCGAAGAACCGCCUGUGGCACAAGCGUUGCUUCAGCUGCGGCGCGUGCCAUCGUUCGUUAGAUUCGACGAAUCUGAACGACGCUCCGGACGGAGACAUCUACUGUCGCGGUUGUUACAAUAGAAAUUUCGGGCCGAAGGGCGUGGGCUUUGGCAUGGGCGCGGGCACCCUGACGAUGGCCUAAUCAUUUUCGAACAGACCUAACGAGAUGCUCGAAUAUAUAUAUAUAUAAAUAUAAAUAUAAAUAUAAUUAUAUUCGAGAUGUAUACGCGCGAAUAAAUGAACGCAACGCGCGCAAUAAGGGACCGAAGAGGACCUUCGCGUUGCGCGCGUAGCUUUGCUCAUUUGCGCGUAUAGGUAUGUAUAUGUAUAGGCGCCUGACUCCACGACUAACUCCGACAAGUGACGAAGAAUACGCUGCUCCAAAAAAAGAACAGAAAAAAAAAAGAAAAACAAAUGAAAAAGAAGCAAAAUUCAUUUUUAUUUUCGCUAACGACCGACUGCACACCGAUUCGAUCAUAACGAAGACUGUACACACGUUUUAUCGUGUCGUUAUCGGCCUUUGGGGGUUGCCCCGGCGAUCCCUUCGACGACGUAGCGCACGAACGAACCGAUCACGAUUAUCGAACAUAUAUAAUAUGAACGAACGCAAACUUUUAUUACUUUUGUAUGGUGAGAAUUCCGGCGGAGGAGAUGCGUUCGGUUUCCUGUCCAAGCCGGGUCGACUCUGGUCGACGUCUGUCCGUAACUUCCGGUUGAACUGGCGCUCGACGAACGAUAAUUCGUCCGGAGGAGACAAACAGGAAGGUGGACCGGAGUCGUUGCCUUGUUCCGGAGAGGAAACCGCUAACGUCGCCGGCGACGUAGAUCACGAGCAUGCGAGCAACAUAGUACAAAGGAAAAUCCGUAUACCUGGACUACAAUCAGGAGCAACGAUGUGUAAUAACGACGACUCGGACGAGUAAAAAAUGAACAGAUACAAGAACGAUUAUUUUCAAUAAAUGUAUAUUUCGAAAAAAAGAAACGAAAAUGUGGAUGAAGGAGAACUGUUUUCGUGAAAAGGGUAGCGGCAAUAUCGUCUCGACGGCACACGACAUUCCAUUGUCAGAUCGAAGACGCGUCGAAGGAAAAGUCAUCGUCGAACGGAGCCUCGGAACAGAGCUACGCCCGAAGCAUUUACUAUAAAAAUAGUUAUCGAAUAUCGAGAGGACACGACGAAUCACGUUCGUUAGGUAUCGAUUCGCUCGACGCUAAUAAAAAAAAACAAACCCUUAAACCGAAAGACCUCUUGCUCUCGCUUCAGUGUCCAGUUUCAAGGUUUCGUAUGCGUCUGUCGGACACGCAGCGUCUCAACGGUACAAUUUUUAUUCUUAAUCUUUAAGUAGCCGCGUGAAGAUGCCGUGACACGGAUAGUGAACGCACGAGAAUAGCGAUUAAUCAUAGUGACUAUUGUGUAAAAUAAAUAUUUUUCGAUUUAUAA